CCUUAGUCAGAGAGGAGAUGGAGGUUCGCUUCUUCACUCACGGACAUUAUUAAUUCAUGUUUCAGAUUGCUCAGGCCAGACAAGAACUGCAAGAGACUGCCAGGCAGGGAGCCCUCUUAUCAGCAGCCCUCGAGCGCCAUAAAGGAACCCUCCAACGUAUAGCCAACACCCCAAGCCACAGGGAGCAUGACCCCACACAAAGUAAAGUAAGAGACCUUACCUUCCAAUUUGAACAAGAAGCCAAAGAAAACAGUGCCAGUAACCAACUCAGAAUGACAGGAAAGAUGGAUGUCGAAGGAAAAGAGCCAAGAAAGGUUAGUCAGAAGUCAGACAGGGUCAUGAUGAGGAAAGUCCUAGACCCGAUGCCCACAGAUGCAAGACGAAUUUCCCUGCAAAACGGGACUCGACUCUACCAGGUUAUUAGAGACCCCUGGGACAUAGAGGGAGACAGACUGUUAGUUUUCACAAAUGACGACUUCAAGAUCCACAAUACCAAAUUCAGGAAAAGGUUAAGAGCCCAGGCAGGGGAAGAUUGCAAAAAAGAGGUUCGAGAGCUGAGAAGACAAGUGAGCCAGAACAAAGAAAGCAAAGUGCAUCUGACUAAUGGGGCCGACCUUACUUAUUAUGCUGUCAUCCACUCUCCCAUUGCCGCUUACAAAAAGGGAGAAGACUUGAAAGAGUACAGAGAGAAAAUGUGGGUGGCCCUGGAAGAGGGACUGAAUGCUGCCAUCAACCACGGCCUGAGAAGGGUAACAAUAUGCAUAGACGGACUGAGAUCACAUGACCUGCCAUGGGAGUCGGCAGAAAAAGUAGCCGUUGCAACAGCACACCAUGUAGUCAAGAAUUUGUUGACAGAUGCCUCACUGACCGAAAUAGUCAUCGUCACUUCCCUUAGCCAGCAUGAGAGUCGGAGGAAGAGAGAGCUGGCGUUAGUAGAAAGGAUGGAUGAGAAGAAGCCGAAAGAUCCCCCUCACUUAGAGAUAUCAAGAAUCCAACAAGGAAAUGAAAUCAAAUCACACCCUGAUGAAAAACGCUACCGGCACAAGAAUGAAACCAACCAAGCUUUACGCCUGGAGAAAGGACCAAAAUCAGCAAAGAAAGACGGAGCUGCCCCUUCAACCUCUGUGAAGGCUGUGGAACGUAGCCUAGCUAAUUGCAGCCUGGAAGAUUUGGAUAAAACAGAGUUGGUUCCAACAAAAGAUUUAAAAGCAAAGAAGAAGAUUAAAACAAAGUCCAGCCCAAGAGGAGCUCCUGAGUCCAUUUAAAAUGAAACCCUUGAACCCAGAAAGAGAAGAAAGUGAAGUCAGUGGCUCGGAAGAAGGAGAACCAUCAGAACAUGAGACAGUGAAAGCCUGUUUUCAAUCCCAGUGCAGCCAGCAACCCCUCACAAGCCACUCAAAGUAGGACAGAGAAAAGGAGAAAAGAAAGCAGUGGAAGUGUUUGACAUCUACCGGGUCUCAGAAAGUAUGGCCAGAGACCUGCCAUGGGGGCCGGUUCAAGCGAAUGAUGACCGUCGAGCGUACAUACCAGAAGCUGGACAGAAAGACCACCACAUUCCGGCUGUGUGUGCUGACCACCUGGAAGAGAAAGUCAAACUCAGGGUAAAAGCAACAGUUGGGGAAUGGGCCAACAUUCUAAUGAUGCCAUCCUACCACACCCUAGCAUUAUUCAAAUUGGAUAAAAAGUUUUUCUAUCUAAGGAAACCCAGCAGAUUGCAUCCAGUCAGUGACUUGCAGCAUUCCCUCCUCCCGGAUGAGCAUGUAGAGACAGUGGACAGUCACUGGCGUUGA